UUGCACAACAAUCCCGGGGAGUAAAUAACAAAUUCAGCGGGUGUGAUUAUUCCUCAUGAAGCCACCAUGAAACGUUCCGAUACCUCCCUUGAUCCCUCAGAGCACGAAUCCUCAGCCAAGAAAUCGCGAAUCUUGACCCAAGUGUCGACUGAGCAUCCAGAUCUCGAGUCCAUCCAUCAUCCCCCCGCCAAGGCCCAACGGAAACGCAAACGCGGUCUUUACAAGACCAUAGUCCAACAAAUGGAGUUCUACUUUGGCGAUGCCAAUCUGACCAAGAGUCGAUUCAUGCAAGAAGCUCUCGCCCAAGAUCCCUGGUUGGAUCUGGAGGUGUUCCUCAAGUUCAACAAAUUGGUCUCCAUGUUGGACCAGAGCUUUGCCCGCAUUGACUUGGAGGACUUGUGGACGGCUUUGAGUAAGAUCCAAUCCGACCUGCUCGAGAUCCGGGAACAGACCGAUGGGAAGCGGCAAAUCCGUCGGAAACUGCCGCUCAAGGUCAAGGAGAAUGAGGAUGAGUGCACGAUUUAUGUCGAGAAUAUCCCGCCGAAUGUCUCCAAUGAUUGCUUGAGAAAACUUUUCACCCAAUAUGAUCAAGUCAGUUAUGUGUCUUUGCCCAAGUUCAAAAAUCAUGAGGGUAACAAAGGUUUUGCCUUUGUCGAGUUUGACACCCCCGAAGGCGUGCAGAAGGCGCUGGAGGCCUUCGGAGCUGAAGAGGGCGUGAUCACAAGUGAAAAGCCGCCCGAAGAAUUACAGAGCGUAAAGGCUUUCAUCCGGGAUGAGGCUGGUGAUACCCAAGAGUCACAGCAAGAGCUCAAUGAGAAAGACUCGAAAGAACCGAAAGAACCGAAUGAGGAGACCCAAGGUCAGACGAAGGAGAAGAAGAGCAAGAAAAAGAACCGGAAGAGGAAACGCGAAGAAGCUCCGGAACAAGAUGAUGUGGAGCUCAAGAUGAUGUCUCUGCGGAUCAUGUCGAAACGAGAGUGGAAACGAUUGCGCAACAAGUACCUCAAUCAACAGCGGGAAAACUUUAAAUGGGCCAAGAAGCAGAUGAAUAAACCGACGGUGAAUACUCACAUCAAAUUCCAGGAGGACACCGGGAAACCCCGAGUUGAUGAGAAUGGGAAACCCUCCAUUGAGUCGAGUGUGACCACCGAUAUCGAGGAAUCCCAACCAGAGAGUCAAUUUAGGCUCAUCCCAGGCACAGUGGUCAAGUUUACCGUGGACACGCCCAUUGAGGAUCGGACUCAAGUCAAACGGCAAGUCAAGAGCGCCUUCAUUGACGGCGUAGAAUAUGUGGACGUUCAAAUUGGAGCGUCUGAAUAUCAUGUGAGAUGCCAUUCGGCGGAAUUGGCCGCGAAAUUGGCGGCCGUGUCGUGUCUCGGGCAAGGCUGUGUCCUUGAAGGCCAGGACGAGGAGACGUAUUGGGCCAAGAUGGAACGAGAAAGGGCCGAGAAGCGAUCCGGAAAAAUCCCGAAACAAACGAUUCGCGGCCGAAAAAAAGUUCUGAAAAAAUUGGAUGUGGCCGCCAACUCUCACAAGUAUUUUACGGAUGAUUAAUAGCGAGGUGGUUUUGCCAUAAGAUUCGAAGGAGUGAAGCACCUGUGAGCUAGGUAAACUUGUUCUUGAGGAUUUUUUUCGGUAUUCCCAAAUAAAUGAGACCUUUUUGGCGCCAAACUAGUUUACACACACACAUAUAUAUAUAUAAUGACUCGAAUCCACUCCAUGCGGAGGCUGUAUGAGUGCACUUGUCAAGCCUAUUAACCAGUCCCAAAGUGCACUUCACCAUGGAUAGAGGAUACUUGCUCUCGUUGCUCAUGUUGGCUUUACAUUCAACCUUCCACGUUUCUGGCCAAGUCAACUUUGGCCAAGAUGAAUCUUCUCCUAUCACCAGCGGCAACACUGACACUUCGGGUGCACCCAUUGAAGAAGGUCGCGCAGCCAAACCAUUGACUCGCAGUGAUUGCUUCUGUCAAUGCAAGUCCUUGCAAUUCAAAUCAAAUGAUAAGGUCUUUGGGAACUGUGCCAGUGAGAUCCGCGGGAAAGAGUUCUGCAUGGUAGAAGGCGGUAGGAGUAGUCCGUGUCCCGAUUUGCGUCGAUCCAAGCGAUUCCCAGGGGAAUACAUCUCAUUCCACGCUUGCGCUACCAAACCUCGAGAGUCCUUGGAGUGCAGGCGAUUGGGGGUAAAGCCCCCCAGGCGACGUGUUACUACGGCCAAGCCCAAAAGACGAAGAACCUCCCCGAGAUCCACGGUUCGUGAUGAGAAGCCCAGAACCACCAUAGACGAAGUUCCUGAAGAAGAGCUUGUGCCAGAUAUCCAAGUUGGGUCUGACCCUGACGACCUUUACUACGACUCAGAUAAACCCGAGCCUGCUUACUAUUAUGACUUUGAAUAAAGCUCAAUUGAAACUG